CAGUUUUCCUCUUGCUCCUUGCUAUGAUACACUUGGUGAAAUAGGUUAUAUAUUGAAACGUUAGAAAGAGAAAAAGUAAAUAAAAAAUAAACGUGCAACUACAGGAAAUAAGGCUAUUAUUUUUAAUUUUAAUAUCAGAAUCACAAACCAAGAAUCGUUAAAUCACAAAUAUUAUUAAGUGCAUUCAGAAAUCGUUGACAGAGAGGAAAAUGGAGAUGGAAGAGGUCACAAAAUUGGAACAUUUAUCUCUAGUGUCUAAAAUAUGCACAGAAUUGGAAAAUCAUCUUGGAUGGAACGACAAAGAUUUGGCUGAAUUUAUUAUACAUCUAGCUGAAGAAAACAACACAUUUGAAGCGUUUAAAAAAAUAUUGAUCGAAAAUGGAGCCGAAUUUUCAGACUCUUUCAUAAAAAAUCUUCUUAGGAUAAUACAACACAUGAAACCUGUUACAACAUCUGUCGAAAAGCCAUCAAAACUUAUAAAUAAGAAUGAACUGGCUCUAAAAUUCCCUGCGCUAGCAUUACCAAACGAUGAUCCGCACUGUUCAAAUAUCAAAAAUGCCAAAGAUGAAGAUAUUGUCAACGAUGUUAUGGCUUCUUUAGAAGCAUUUGCACCGUCUAAUAAAAAACAUUCUACAGGUACUGAGAGAAAUAGUAAGAUUGACAGUAGUGAGAAAAAAGACAAACGAAGAAAGAGAAGCAGAAGUGGAUCAAGAGAUAGAAGGAGACACAGAUCCAGAUCGCCGAAUCGUAAAGAGAGGCGGCACAGAUCGCGUUCCAGAUCUCGAAAUAGAACGCGCAAAAGACGUUCUGUAUCUCGUGAACACAGAAGAUCAUCGUCUCGCGAUCAUAGAGAUACAAGAUACUCGAGAAAACGCGAUACUGAUAGAUCUAGAUCUAGAUCUGCUGAAGAAAUGCUUUCUGUAGAACCAGAGGUGGGUAAAAUUUACGCAGGUAAGGUUGCAAACAUUGUGCCGUUUGGUUGUUUCGUUCAAUUAGAGAGUUUACGGCGCAGAUGGGAAGGUUUGGUUCACAUUUCUCAAUUACGAAGAGAAGGUCGAGUGGCGAACGCGAGUGAUGUAGUUUCCAGAGGUCAGAAAGUCCUAGUAAAAGUUCUCAGUGUUGGUGGACAAAAGGUGUCUCUAAGUAUGAAGGAUGUCGAUCAAGAGACUGGGAGAGAUCUAAAUCCCGUAGUGCCGAUCGCAAAGGCAGAUGAGGACGAGAAGCAUUUGCGUAAUCCAGAUAGGCCUACUUCCUUGCUAGAAUUACAGGGUAAUUACGACGAGGACGAGACAUAUUCGAGAAAGCGCGUGCAACGUUUAUCAUCGCCAGAAAAGUGGGAGAUUAAGCAGAUGUUGGCGGCAUCAUGCAUCGACAGGAACGAGUUACCAGAGUUCGACAACGAGACCGGGAUUUUGCCGCGAGAGGACGACGAAGAGGAGGAUGUGGAGAUUGAGCUCGUCGAAGAAGAGCCACCAUUUCUGCAUGGUCAUGGUAGAGCAUUGGGCGACCUUAGCCCUGUGCGAAUAGUGAAGAAUCCGGACGGCUCGCUGGCGCAAGCAGCGAUGAUGCAGAGUGCCUUGGCGAAAGAACGGAGAGAGCAAAAGAUGUUACAGCGCGAACAAGAGAUGGACUCUGUGCCCACUGGUCUGAAUAAGAACUGGAUAGAUCCGUUGCCGGAAGCGGAAAGUCGUACUUUAGCGGCGAACAUGCGCGGCAUCGGGCUGCAAACGCAGGAUCUGCCUGAAUGGAAGAAGCACGUGAUAGGCGGUAAGAAAUCUUCGUUCGGUAAAAAGACCAACCUGACGCUGUUGGAGCAACGUCAGAGCUUGCCGAUUUAUAAAUUACGGGAUGAUUUGGUGAAAGCGGUAACGGACAAUCAAAUUCUGAUCGUCAUCGGAGAGACUGGCUCGGGCAAGACGACACAGAUCACGCAAUAUCUUGCAGAGGCCGGUUUUACCGCACGCGGCAAAAUCGGUUGUACGCAGCCACGCCGCGUGGCAACUAUGAGUGUGGCCAAAAGAGUGGCAGAGGAGUUUGGCUGCUGCCUGGGCCAGGAGGUGGGCUAUACUAUCCGUUUCGAAGAUUGCACUGGACCGGAGACUAGCAUCAAGUACAUGACCGACGGUAUGCUGUUGCGCGAGUGCUUGAUGGACCUUGAUCUGAAAACGUACUCUGUGAUCAUGUUGGACGAGGCGCACGAACGCACGAUUCACACAGACGUAUUGUUCGGUCUGCUGAAACAGGCGGUAGGCCGUAGGCCCGAUCUCAAGCUAAUCGUCACUAGCGCCACUCUGGAUGCGGUUAAGUUUUCGCAAUACUUUUUCGAAGCGCCGAUCUUUACCAUACCCGGACGCACGUUUGAAGUUGAGGUGAUGUAUACGAAAGAGCCGGAAACAGAUUACCUGGACGCUGCGCUAAUCACCGUUAUGCAGAUCCAUUUGCGCGAGCCGCCAGGCGAUAUUUUGCUCUUUCUCACCGGUCAAGAAGAGAUCGACACAGCUUGCGAGAUUCUUUACGAGCGCAUGAAGUCACUGGGUCCGGAUGUGCCGGAACUAAUCAUUCUUCCCGUUUAUUCGGCUCUGCCUUCGGAGAUGCAAACUAGGAUAUUUGAGCCGGCACCACCUGGUUCGCGCAAGGUUGUCAUCGCAACAAAUAUUGCUGAAACAAGCCUGACAAUCGAUGGCAUCUAUUACGUCGUUGAUCCCGGCUUUGUCAAGCAAAAAGUUUAUAAUUCCAAAACUGGUAUGGAUAGUCUCAUAGUAACUCCAAUCAGUCAGGCGGCAGCGAAACAACGUAGCGGACGAGCCGGCAGAACCGGACCCGGAAAGUGUUAUAGGCUCUACACCGAGCGGGCUUAUAGAGACGAAAUGCUGCCCACGCCAGUACCGGAGAUUCAGCGGACAAAUUUGGCUACCACCGUGCUGCAACUGAAAACUAUGGGAAUCAACGAUCUUUUGCAUUUCGAUUUUAUGGAUGCGCCACCGGUAGAGUCGCUGAUCAUGGCUUUAGAAUCGUUGCAUAGCUUGAGCGCCCUUGACAACGAGGGUCUAUUGACGCGGUUAGGUCGGCGAAUGGCAGAAUUUCCACUCGAACCAAAUUUAUCCAAGAUGUUGAUCAUGAGCGUACACCUUCAAUGCUCCGAUGAGAUUCUGACCAUCGUUAGCAUGCUAUCCGUUCAGAACGUCUUUUAUCGACCGAAGGACAAGCAGGCUUUGGCCGACCAGAAGAAGGCCAAAUUUAAUCAACCGGAGGGUGAUCAUUUGACCCUAUUGGCGGUUUAUAAUUCCUGGAAAAAUAAUAAAUUAAGUAAUGCGUGGUGUUAUGAGAACUUUGUACAGAUCAGGACACUGAAACGCGCCCAAGAUGUGCGCAAACAACUAUUGGGCAUAAUGGACAGGCACAAACUGGACGUAGUGUCGGCCGGCAAAAACACAGUACGCAUACAGAAGGCGGUGUGUUCUGGAUUUUUCAGAAACGCCGCGAAAAAGGAUCCGCAAGAAGGAUACAGAACAUUAGUCGACAGUCAAGUUGUAUAUAUUCAUCCGAGUAGCGCAUUAUUCAAUCGCCAGCCGGAAUGGGUAAUUUAUCAUGAAUUGGUACAAACCACCAAAGAAUAUAUGAGAGAGGUGACAACCAUUGAUCCAAAGUGGCUAGUAGAGUUUGCGCCUGCGUUCUUUAAAUUUAGCGAUCCAACAAAACUCAGCAAAUUUAAGAAGAAUCAGAGGCUAGAACCGCUCUACAAUAAAUAUGAGGAACCAAAUGCAUGGAGGAUAUCUCGGGUUCGCAGGAGACGUAAUUAAAAGAUUCGCUGAUGAUCUAUGUAAAUUCCGCGUUAUAACGAUUUUAUCUGCUUGCACAUUUUAUAUUUCUGAAACUUAUAGAGAAAAAUAUGCUCUUGGUUCAAAAUAGUAUUUCUUUUAUCGCAAUAACAGCUUGCACUUACAAUGAUAAAACUUUGAAAAGACAGAAAACAUUUUUAUUUUGUAAUGUAACAUACUAGUUUGUUCUAAUACACAUGUAAAAAAUAUUUUGCUUUAUUAUUAGGAAAAGCAAGGAGAGACAAGUUAUAAUAUCGCAAAGACAUUAUAUGACUCGAUUUUAUAAGAUGUGUUAUGAGGUGUAUUAUGAGAAGAACAUAAUGUAAUAAUUGAAUCAUAUGUACAAGAAUACAAUUAUAAAGAAAAUGAUUUACGAA